AUGAACUCUGUGAAAUGCUAUAACUGCCUAAAGACCGGACAUAUUUCGAACAAUUGUCCUGGAAAAGAUAUUCGCGAGAGUCCGUAUAAUUCGAGUCGAAAGAAAUUCGACGAUAGAUAUGAGGAUCGAAGUUGCUGCGAUGCCCUCGAUAGUCAAUUUCUCGAUUCACAGCUGGAUAGUUUGUUCAAGACCGAUGUGGAAACAAGAUCCAUUGAAUCGGACAAUGUUCGGAACGCGAGCCGAAUCAGUGAAAUGUCGAUGUCGUCCCGACAAAUGCCCAGGAAUCAUAAUCCAGGCUUCCGAUCGCUAAAUGGCGUAUCUGAGAAGUCGCAUCCAAUUUGUUCGCCCGUCGAAGAUGAUUUCAUGACAAUUGAAACGCAAAGAAAUUUGACGAGUAGCGACGGCAAAGAAUAUCGAGAAUGGACGAUGAUCCGAUUCCCAUCAAAGCGAGCUCAUUCUAUUCCAUUUCUGAAACGGAAAUCGCCCGGAAUGUUGGCGGCAAUGUCGACAUUUCUUAUAUUAAUUGUCGGCUUCUUAUCAACCGACGCACUCAAAACGCAAUUCUUGAUGCCCGGUGUCAUUCCGGAGGCGGAGACAUACUUGUGCACAUCGGUCGAACUCAGUGAGAAUGAAGAUUAUUUGGUUGGAUUCGAGGCUGUAAACGAGGAAAAAAAUGUGCAUCAUAUUCUUCUUUUUGGUUGCGAAGAACCAGGAAGUGAUGAGCCAGUUUGGGACUGCGGCGAGAUGAGCAAACCGAUGGACGGAAUGCCGCGUGCUCCAACCUGUGGCAGCAAACCAGCUAUUCUGUACGCAUGGGCUCACGAUGCUCCACCACUCAAACUGCCGAAAGACGUUGGAUUCCGCGUCGGAGGCAACACUCCAGUCAGACAUCUCGUCAUGCAGGUUCACUACAUGCAUGACAAGCCGAACCCGGAUGCGAGCGGAGUUGAGAUCACCUACACCGUUGAGCCACAGCCGAAAUUGGCAGCCACCAUGCUUUUGGUGACCGGAGGAGUCCUUCCAGCCAACAAGACAGAAAAAUUCGAGACUGCCUGCGUGAUCGAAGAAGACGUCGUAAUGCACCCAUUCGCCUACCGCACUCACACCCAUCGUCAUGGUGUCGAUGUUAGCGGCUGGAUUGUGAAGGAAGACGAGAAUGGCGACGAUCAUUGGACAUUGAUUGGCCGACGUGAUCCGCAAAAACCGCAAAUGUUCGUCCCCGUCGACAAUUCGUCGCUCGUUAUUUCGCAAGGCGACAUGGUAACCGCACGAUGCAUUCUCAAGAACAAUGAGAACCGCGACAUCGCCAUGGGAGCGACCGGCGAAGACGAGAUGUGCAAUCUUUACGUCAUGUACUGGACCGACGGAGACGUGAUGGAAGACAACACUUGCUUCUCUCCAGGAGCACCAAACUAUCGCUGGUCUAGUGAGGCAGCGCUCAACCAUAUCCCUGCCUAA